AUGCAUUCUAAUGAACAACAAAAUCAAAUACAUAAUACGUACAUUGAAAAUGUAGCAGAAUUAAAGGAGAAUGCUGCAGAAUUGAAUCCAAAUGAUGAGAAUGCUGCAGAAUUAAAUUCUAAUUAUGCGAAUGCUGCAGAAUUAAAUACAAAUAAUGAUAAUUAUAAUAUUGUUAUUAUGUCUUCAGUUUUAAGGCCAGUUGAUGAAACUAUACCUGACGUUCAAUCUGUUAUUAAAAAAGAAGUACAAGAUGCUCCCUUAUACACAUUGCGACGGAAAACUACAGAACCUGUACAGAUGCAUACUGAACUUCGAGCUGAAGAAUUAGCUUGGUUUUUCCUUUUUCCAAAAAGACGAAAUGGACUUCAUGAACCAUCAGGAUUAUAUCCUAUUACACCAUUAGAUUAUUGUCAAGCUCGUAUUAUGUGUCAGGAUCCUAGAUUUCAACAAAAUGAUUACUUAUUUUAUUGUUUAUCCGUCAUGGAAUAUUACCGGGCUCGGCAAAAUGUUGACGUCUGCCUUAGAUUUAGACAAGGCAAUAAUAUUCCUGAAGGCCUUGUACAAAAUUUGCAUAUUAAUAUGAGAGCUUUGCGUGGUUCUAAUGCAUAUUGGCAAACUGCAUGUAGCGGUUUAAUUGCUAUGGUUCGCAACUUGGGCCCGCCACAAUGGUUUUUAACGUUAAGUUGCAACGAUUUUAAUUGGAAAGAUAUAUUGCAAGCAUGUCUUAUUGCAGCUCAAAGAAAAGGAGAGAAUGUAGACAAUUUAGAGUUUAAUGAAAAACAACGAUUAGUUGUUGAGCAUCCCGUAGUAUUAUCUCGUCAUUUUAUGGUUCGUGUUCAUGCAAUGAUGCGUGUAUUGCUAAAUGAUGACACUUUAUUAGGUGAGAAACUAAUAGAUUUCUGGUGGAGAAUAGAAUUUCAAAAUAGAGGUAGUCUACAUUUACAUAUGCUGUGCUGGAAUGAAGGAAUUCCAUUAUUUGAAGGCCCACAAGGUAUAGCUCUUAUUGACAAAAUUGUAUCCUGUACAUCUUCUACGGGAGAUGACGAAUUAGAUGCACUCAUUGCACGCGUUCAAGUGCAUAGACAUAGUAAUACAUGUUACAAAGAUAGACAACACGGACAAUGCCGAUUUGGUUUUCCAAGAAGAGUUAGUGAUACAACUACCUUGCUUGGACCAGAUGAAGCUAUUCGUAAUAAUGGACGUUUCUGUAUAUUAAAACGUAAUUCUACAGAUGUAUUUGUUAAUAAUUAUAAUCCUACACUUCUUAAAUUAUGGAAUGGCAAUAUGGAUUUGCAACCUUGUGGGAAUGUUACAGGUAUAGCUUAUUAUAUAGCUAAAUAUGCAGCUAAACAUGAAUCUCAUGAUGUUGGUCAAGCAAUUAAAGAUGCAAUCAGUAGAGUUCAGAGAUACGGUGGAGAUAUAGGAAAGCAAUUAUUUGCUGUAUCAAUGACUAUACUUCGACAUAGACAGAUAUCUGCCUGUGAAUGUGCAUUUCGUUUAUGCCAUUUAAAAUUACGUGAUAGUUCACGAAAAGUUGUUUUUCUAAAUACAUGCUUUCCGCAAGAACGUUAUCGUAUGUUACGUUGUGAUGGCUAUAUUAACAGUGUAUAUGCAAACUUAUUUGAUCGUUAUUGUUUACGUCCGGAGAAUUUAAACGAUCUCAGUUUAGCUGAAUUUGCUGUUACAUAUGAAUGUGUAUCACGAUUUGACAAUUAUGAAGAAGAUGGAGAUAUCGAAGUUUAUAAUCAAGAAAACGAUGUAGUUUCAACUAAGUAUAUUCGUUUACAAGAUGGUACAAAAAUGAAACGGCGUACACGUCCUGCAGUGUUAAGAACACGAUAUUAUACUCAAACUAGUAAUCGUGAAGCAUACUUUUAUAGUUAUUUAGUAGCUCAUGUUCCUUUUAGAAAUGAAGAAGAACUACUUGAGGGAUAUGAAACAGCAGAACAGGCAUUUAAUGCCAAGCGUCAACUACUACGACCUCUACGGAGAGGACAAAAUAUUGAGCAAUUUCAAUUUGUAGAACAAGAAUUACAAGAAGUUAUAGCUCAAAUUGCAGCAUUUGAUGACGGCGAUACAAAUGCACAAUCUACGGAGGAGCAGGAUGUGGAAAAACAUUUCUUUUAAAAAUGAUAGAACAACAGAUUAAGCGAUGUUAUGCUCCUACUAUUGAUCUUUUAUUGAAACCGACAUUCGUUGAAGUGACUGCUCUUACUGGUGUUGCCGCUAGAUUAAUUAAUGGACGUAC